GCAACAAUUUAUGAAGCUAGCCAACACAGAAUCAUUCAGAUCAAUUGGUGCGUCACCAUCAGACCCCUAUGAGGAGUAUUAUCCUCCAUGUAACGAGCUUCCAUACCCUUCAGAGGAGUACUGGGUCUGUAGAAUCAAGCACUAUGCGUUCAACGUCUGGCAUCCAACGUCUACAUGUAGAAUGGGGGCAUUGGAUGAUCAUACGGCUGUUUUUGAUCCACAACUCAGGGUUAUAGGUAUACAGAAUCUUCGUAUAGUCGAUGCGUCUGUCAUGCGCCACGUUACUUCUGGAAACACAAAUGCUCCUACAAUAAUGAUAGCAGAAAAAGCGGCAGAUAUGAUUCGAGGAAUAGAUAGUGUUAAAGAUAUUCGUCAAAGAAUUAUCAAUUUAUAAAUAUUGAUAAAAGAUGAAGUGUUAAUUUUCUUGGGAAGGUGGGCGUCAUGCAUGUGUUUACAAAUUUCAAGGCAAGAAAACAGGAAAGAUAAGAUGUAGCAUUCUUUUAAU